AUUAUGUAUUUUCACAAGUAAAUUAAAAUUAAUUUAUUUAAACGAAUUUUGGAAAGUUUGAUACUAUAAACUUAAUUUAAUUGCACUGAAAAUAAAAGAUGUUGGAUAAAACAAGCAGCUAUUGUCCAAUGGACUAUGAUGUACCCAUAACAAGACCAAUAAGGAUUAAACAGAAACUAUAUGCCAAAGCCAUAUACGAUAACUUGGCUGAUACAUCAGAUGAGUUAGCAUUUAAGAAAGGUGACGUACUCACAGUCAUCGAACAGGAUACAGAUGGCAUUGAAGGUUGGUGGCUGUGCACUUUGCGUGGAAGACAAGGUCUCUGUCCUGGCAAUCGUCUACGUAUAUUAAAUUCAUACGAUUCUGGUUGCUUUUCACCAUCACCAGCAUCAUCUCCAACGCCAUCACUCGCAGCUAGCACAGUCACAUUGAACAGUUCAAUUUGUUCAGCAGAAUAUGAGAACUCGUCGAUAAUCAGUGGCACUGGUAGUGGUAACGGUAGUAUAUGUGGAAGCGCAAAUGGUUCCAUCAGUGCAAGUCAAACAUACCUGAAUCAACCGCAGCCACAAACAACACAACAACAGCAGACAACACAAUUCAUGCAACAGCAGCGUCAAGGCACAAGAAGGUCAUGGCAUGUGUCGCCAAACAAGGUUAUCACCCCACAGCGACACGGUGAUGUUUACAUAUAUAAUUUCUCAGCAGCAGCGUAUCCGCUACAACAGCAACAAAAUCAUUCACUACCUCCACAAACAAACCAACAACAGCAACAAAUUUACAGUAAUCAAAAUAUUUACCAAAAUCUAAUUAUGUCCUCUCCAGCAACAAAUGGUAGCAAUGAAUUUGAAACCUAUGAUAUACCAAAGCCAGCAACACCAGUUAAUUAUGAUUGUCCACGAAAUGUUGGCCGCGCGCCGGGCUUAUCACAUUUACGAUAUGAUUUGAUGUCUUUAAGCCUUAAAGGACGUUGUGCCACACCCAUACAAGAAGAGUCAUAUGAUGUGCCAAGGCCAUUAAAUACAAUAUUACAACAUCAGAACACAUUAACACCAAGCAGCUCCAAUUCAUCACUUCUAACUAGCGAUUCAUUAAGUUUAUCAUUCUCUUCAUCUAAUCGCUCAUCUUUAGCGAAUAUGCCAGAUUAUGAUGUACCACGUCGUAAUCCAAUGCCUGUACGUGGUGUACAUCAGCUAACUUUAGCACAACAACAACAACAGCUACAACUAAAACAACAACAAAAUCUGAAUGGAAAUUGUAUGACCUAUGAUUUUCCAUUACCAACAACGCAGUUAACACCAGUACAGGAAAAACCUGUAAAUAAUGCAGCUACAACUUUUAUUACCAAAGAGCUUCCAUUGGAAUUGUCAUCAGCGCUGGAAACGUUAGCAAAAUUUCAAUCCGAAGCAACAGGAGCAAUAACAAGAUUAUUAUCGUUUGUCUCUCCAAGUUGGCGCUUACAUGAGAAGUUAGAACCUGUUAUAAUAGAGGUCGAAUUAGCAGCUGUGCGUCUACGCACGGCUUUACAUGAUCUCACUGAAUUUGGUGAAGGUGCUCUGGGUAAUGCUACUCGUUCUGAGGAUCGUAACUUAGCUCUAAAACUGCGACCACUAGUAAGAGCGCUACGAGAUGCAAACAAAUUAGUACACGAAUCGACUGAUGCUGUCGUUGCACAAGGUGGUUGGACAAUUGACAACUUAGCACGCAAUGAUGAGAAAUCAAUUUCUAGACCACCGGAUAGUCUCGAUCAAUUAAUUGCAUGUGCACAAACUUUAACUGAAGAUGUACGCCAAACCACAUCCUUCAUACAAGGUAACGCUUCACUGCUUUUCAAACGCAAUAUUCCUCAAGCUGUCGACACCAUUGAUGGUAGCUGCACACCCACAACAAAUACCAAUAAGACAAAUAGUGGGGAAUGGUUGGAAGAUUAUGAUUAUGUCUCUUUUGAAUCAAAGGAUGCAGCGGCUAAAAAGAAUUCAGAACUACGUGAAGUUAUAGCACCAAAUUUAAAGAAAAAUUUCGAUACAGUUAUUAAGGCAGCCGAAGUAAAUGCUAUGGCGGCAGCAACAAAUUCUUUGCCAAAUAGCAAAAAAGACGAACUAACUGAUAAAGAUAAGAUGUUAGUACGUUAUUAUGCCGUGCAGAUCUCCACACAUAUGGGUAAUUUGCGACAAGCGAUUGAUUCAUUUCUGGAAACAGUAGAAAAAAAUCAACCACCAAAAUUCUUUAUAGCCUAUGGAAAAUUUGUCGUUUUUAGUGCACAUAACUUGGUGACCAUUGGUGACAUCGUAACGCGGAAUGUCUCUAAAGUGGAGUUACGUGAUAAAAUACAUCGUUGUACAAAUGCGCUAUGCGAUGCACUGAAGAUUUGUGUCAAUAAAUCGAAGAAAGCUGCUGCACAUUUUCCAAGUGUUACGGCGGUACAAGAAAUGGUGGAUUCUGUAGUGGACAUCAGUCAUUUAGCAGCUGAUCUAAAAACAGCAAUGUUACAUACAGUAUCUCUGACUGUUUAAAACCAAAGUACUAUUGUAUGAGCCAGGUAAUAAUGCGAAGAGGAAAGGAAAAGAGCAAGAGGCAAUAAAUAUGCCAAAUAUAGGCUAAGCGCUUAAUUGUACUCGGAUAUAGGAAAAGAUUUUAUUUUAACAUGGGCUUCAAAAGUCUUCCAUGCAAAAUUGAUAAGUAUUCAGAAACAAAAGAUUUUGUAGUUUUUUAAUUGACUGCUUGAUAUAAAACUUAAUAAGCUGCAACGAAAUAUAUUAAAAC